AUGUCAAAAGCUUGUAAUGAAUUGAUUUUGUUCCAUUUGAAUUUCCUUCAUGAAAAUAAGUAUCAAUUUAAAAUCCAAUUAAAUGGAAUUGACGAAACGAAAACUAAAUCAAUCCAAUUUUCUUUGAAUACAUUCAAUCCGAAAUAUACACAAUUCGAAUUGGCUUUCCGCUUUAUUUUCUUGAUUAGUUCAAUUAUAGCAACAUGUCUUUUUACCAAAUCCAUGCGGCGAUUCUCCAUUCUCGAUUGGUCACUCGAACAACGAUGGAUGAUUGUAUUACUUAUCUUUCUCGUUUUCUACAAUGAUCCAUUUUAUCCGUUAACAUUUUUAACGGACAAUUCUUUUCCAACCAUUCUCGAUGGUAUACUCCAAGCCAGUUUUCUAUGCACUCUUCUACUCUUCUGGCUUAGUGUUUAUCACGGCAUACGUCAAAAUGUUCGUCGAUUUCUUCCAUUCUAUUGUCCAAAGAUAUUUCUCGUUAGUCUUCUAUGGAUAUUCUCUAUUGUACUCUCGUCUGCUCGUAUCGUACAAGAAUUUCGUGAUCCAAUGUAUAAUCUCACUAUUGACAUUAAACAAUUUACGACAUAUCGAGUUAUAUUUUAUAUCGUGGGAAUCUUCUACAUUCUCUAUUUGCUCUUUUUAAUCAUUCGAGCAUUUGGUGAACUUCGAAAUAUGCCCUAUUUCGAUGUUCGUUUGAAAUUUACAACAGUACUGAUGUUAUGUGUUGUUUCGAUUUCGAUUACGAUCACAACGCUUCGAUUCGGUUCAGGAAUAAUCGAAGAAAAUUUCGUUCCAGAAUUAGCGUCACGUUACAAAAAUUCCGUCGAGUUCUUGUCGUUCUAUAGUUUAAUUAAUCUGUAUUUGUAUACGAUGGCAUAUGUCUAUUCUCCAGCAAAGAAUGCAGCCAUCGAUUCGUUAUUUCGGGAUAAUCCAACAUUUUCAAUGAUAAAUGAUUCAGACGAAGAUGUUGUCUACGGAUCUGAUCAUGAAGCAUCUCAAUUGACACCUAUAAGAUAA